AUGUUUUUUGUUUUCCUUUCUGGAAGCCUCUGUGUUCAGAGGAUGAUCUCCGCAUAUUACCAUGCCGAAACAGGUGAGUAUAUGUAUAAAGAAGGAAAAUAUGAUUCAGAUGCAGCAGCUCGUGGAAUCUUUGAUGAUACUGAUUUUAAUUCCACAGGAUGGUACAAUCUCCAGAUUGAAGGCAAGCGUGGCACCGAUGCUUUAGCAGAAACCCAUGCUGCUGGAUAUAUUGAAGGUAUUUUCACUGCUAGUUUUUACAAAAAUCACAGAAACAAUGUUUAUCAGCACUUAUGUUCUAAAUAUAUCAAAUGCGAAGACAACUACACAAUUCCAAAAGUAAUUCGUGACUAUUUUAAGAAUAACUACAACUGGGUCAAAUUAACUGGUUUAUCUAAUCCAGAUAUGAGCGACCCAUGGUAUUUUGCUGCCGCCACUACAAUGGCACAGAUUGAAGGAAUGGUAGAGGCAUACAAUAAAGUUUCUAAUGACGACACUCUUACAAUCGAAGAUUUAUGGAUGUUCAUGUCUCAUGCAUCAAUCUACGAUAUCGCUCGUGCUCAAGGCUUUGCUCUCCAGCAGGAUAACGCACCGCUAUUCACUCGCCGUGGUACAGUUAUUGUUGGCCGCACAUCUUCUUUAGAUAAUGUUUUCAUUGGCCAAACAGCAUGGCGUACAUAUGGCGAAUCCGUAAGAAUUGCCAAGCGUUACAGACUUCGUUACAAUUCUACUGGAAACAUUGUUGAUCGCCGUUCAUUAUCUUCAUAUCCAUUUAUGCUUCAUUCUGACGAUGAAUUCUGCAUCAGCGAUAUGGGUCUCGCCAUUACAUCAACAUCUAUCAUUACAACUAACGAUUACGCUAAGACAGUUCAAGCAUCAUUCCAAGGAUAUCCAUAUUGGUUCAGAAACAUCGUUGCUACCCUCGCAUCCCAUUCUGCAGGUGAAUGGUUCGAUAACUACAAGUCAGAAUACUCCACAGGAACAGGUAUCGAAUAUAUCUUACUUGAUAUCAAGAAAUUCAAGUACAAAGAAGGCUACCAGGAUGAAUUUGUCCUUGCAGUCGAUGAGAUUCCAGGCCAAAAUGCCGAAUCUAAGGACAUGACCAGCAGAUUAAUCGAAAAAAGAUUCGUUGGAAGCUACGACGUCCCUGCUGUUGAGUCCAUCUUCAAGACUGCUGGAUACGACACCCUCGCACAGACAUCUCCGGAGUGGUAUUCAUACGAAAACUCCGCUCGCGCAAAGAUUCUCCAAAGAACUUGCCAAAGUAUAUAUGAUGAUGACAAGAUGAAGACACUUAUUCGUUUGAAUGAUAAAGAUCGUUACAGUGAACAAGGAGAUACAACAACAAACGCAAUCGCUGGAAGAUUCGAACUUAUUAAGCCUGCUUCUGACGCUAUGUGCUUCGGAGCGUUCGACGCUAAGUUCACAUCAAUCCCAAGAAUGUUACACUCAGAAUGGGUCGGCCAAGUUGGAGCUUCUUACGAUAAUUUGCCACAACUCAAUUUGCUUAACGCUGAUGCAUGCGAUAACUCAGAUUAUGUUGGUGUUGAUACACAAAUGUACAAUGGCUGGGUUGAUCAGUACUUUGACAUUGAAAUAGACUAA